AUGAACAAAGUCAGCAUGAGCGAACCGGGCUGGCAGAGCGAAGGCGAUCGUGCCGUCUCCCGACUCCUCGACGUGGUGGAAAACGAACUCCAGGCCGGGCGGGAGAAAGGGGAUCCCUCGGAGAAGCAGCUCCGAGUGGUGCUGGAAGAUGCGGCUCUAUGGCAGCAGUUCCGACAGGUCACCAACGAAAUGAUCGUGACCAAGAACGGCAGACGGAUGUUCCCGGUCUUGAAGGUCAGCGUGACGGGCCUGGACUCGGAUGCCAUGUACUCCUUCCUGCUAGACUUCGCCCCCACGGACGGCCACCGCUGGAAGUACGUCAGCGGCGAGUGGGUGCCCGCCGGCAAGCCCGAGCCCUCCGGCCACAGCUGUGUCUACAUCCACCCCGACUCCCCCAACUUCGGUGCCCACUGGAUGAAGGCUCCGGUGUCCUUCAGCAAGGUCAAGCUUACCAACAAGCUGAGCGGAGGGGGGCAGAUCAUGUUGAACUCCCUGCACAAGUACGAACCACAGGUUCACAUAGUACGCGUGGGGAGCUCCCACCAGAUGGUGAUGAACUGCUCCUUUCCCGAGACACAGUUCAUAGCGGUGACGGCCUACCAGAACGAGGAGAUCACGGCUCUCAAAAUCAAGUACAACCCUUUCGCCAAAGCCUUUCUGGAUGCCAAGGAAAGAAACCAUCCCAAGGAAGUGCCAGAAGCCAACUUGGAGGGCAAGCACAUGACCUACUCCCACUUGGGAGGCUGGUUGAUUUCCAAUCCCGACACGGUGGGCCCGGCCGGAAACUCCAACUACCAGUACCUGGGCCCUUUGCCUCUGCAGGUCCCUCACUCCCACCACGGCUGCGAACGCUACGGGGGGCUUCGAGGGGCCCGGGCCUCCCCCUACCCGGCCCCUUACCUGCCCCCCAGGAACGACGCCCAGACAGUGAAUUUCAUGGAGAACUCAAGCCAUAAUCUUCAGGUUUUCCCUGGCCACGACAGCUGGACGGCUGUACCCUCCACCCACCACUCCAGCGGGCAGGCCGGACCCCUCGCCGGUUCGGCUCCCACCGCUGCCCCCAGCCACUACCCCUGCCUGUGGACCAUCGGGAGCGGGGGCGGGGGGCCGGACGGAGCCCCUGGCUCACCGGGCACAUUCCUCCGAAGCAACCCGGUCCUCCCUGCCCCCGCCGCGUCCACCGUCCCCCUACCAGGAGCCCCCGCUGCCGGCCCCGAGACCCUGGGGGACGCCCCACUGCCCGGCAUCGCUCUGCCCACCUGGACGGCCGUACCUGCCCAUUCCUUCUAG